AUAUUCUAGAAAACUAGGCAGUGAUUCGUGUAGGAAAGUGCUAGAAGUGAAGUGUCAUCCAAUGCAACCAACCUUUAUUUAUUUAUGCCAUAUAAAUAUCAGUGUCCCAAAGUGUUAGCUAAAUAAGGAUCAUUUUUGGGGUUUUCUUCUGUCACACUAACGAAAGAAGAAACUAGGGUUUUACGGUUCUAUCUUUUUUUCUCUCCUCAGUUUUCGUCAAUCAAAUCCAACAUGAGUCGUCAUCCUGAGGUUAAGUGGGCUCAGAGAGUAGACAAGGUCUACAUCACGGUUCAAUUGGCUGAUUCUAAAGAUGCUAAAGUUGAUCUUGCUCCAGAUGGUACUUUUACCUUUUCUGGCAGCGCUGGAGCUGGAGACAAUCAGUAUGAGCUGAAAAUGGAGCUCUUUGACAAGGUUAAUGUAGAGGAGAGCAAAAUCAAUGUAGGAGUGCGAAGCAUAUUCUGUGUAGUGCAGAAGGCAGAGAAUGGAUGGUGGAAGAGGUUGUUGCGUGGAGAAGGCAAGCCUCCACAUUAUGUGAAAGUAGAUUGGGAUAAAUGGGCCGAUGAAGAUGAGGAGGAAGGUGAAGUGGACUUGGGAGGGAUGGAUUUCUCGAAAUUUGGUGGGAUGGGUGAUGGUGGAAUGGGAGGCUUGGGAGGAAUGGGAGGCUUAGGAGGAAUGGGAGGAUUGGGAGGAAUGGAAGGAUUGGGAGGAAUGGAUUUCUCUAAAUUUGGUGGUAUGGGUGAUGAUGCAAUGGAUGAUAUUGACGAGAGUGACGAUGAAGAGCAAGAAGUGUCGAAGCCUGGUGAGCAAGAUGCUGCUGGCAAGAGCGAUGGUGCUGGUGAGGCAGCUACAGAGAGUAAAGAAGCUGUUCCAAGCACAUAAUAACCUUGCAGUGCAAGAAGAUUUAAUGAUGCUUAUAAAAAAUUGUCUGAGUGAAUUUUUCCUCCUUUGUACCAUUCAGUGGUAGUUUAAGUGGAGACGUUGGUGUCCCCUUUGCUGUGUUGACUUAACAGUAGGAAUACUGUAUAAUUGAGAUUUAUUUCAAUGCAUUAAUGAAUGGCUGCGCUAGUUCUUUCUAGCUAGGGUUGUUUCGAUGGAAAAA